AUGAAGGCUCUUUCAAUUUUGCUUUUAAUGUGUGCAGCUGUUUCUAAUGCCCUUCCCGUCCAUCCAGAGAAUGACAGCCAAGGAGACAAUGCAAAGCUUGUACAGGACUACUUAAAUAAAUUCUAUGCUGUUGAGCCAGAUCCAGGUCACCUUGGAUGGAAAAUAAAUGCUGAAUCCAUAACUCAAAAACUUCAGAAAAUGCAACAAUUUUUUGGGUUGAAAGUGACUGGAAAACCAGACACUGAGACAUUGGAAAUGAUGAGGAAACCCAGGUGUGGAGUUCCUGAUGUGGGUCUCUACGGUGUUACUCUGCCAGGAUGGAAGAAAAGCAAUCUGACAUAUAGAAUUGUGAACUACACACCAGGUAUGAGCAAAAAGGAUGUGGAUAAAGCAGUUGAGAAGGCAUUUGAAGUGUGGAGCACUGUCACCCCACUGGUUUUCACUGGAAUUCAUGAGGGAAUAGCAGAUAUAAUGAUUGCUUUUGGUACCAAAGCUCAUGGACAGUGCCCUCGUUAUUUUGAUGGCCCACUUGGUAUCCUUGCUCAUGCCUUUCCACCUGGCAAUGGUCUUGGCGGUGAUGUGCACUUUGAUGAGGAUGAAGAUUGGACCACAGGCUCAGCUGGGUUCAACUUGUUCCUUGUUGCUGCUCAUGAGUUUGGGCAUGCCCUGGGUCUCUCCCAUUCUAAUGACCAGAGGGCUUUGAUGUUCCCCAAUUAUGCCUAUGUCAGCCUUAGCGAAUUCCCCCUCUCUCCAGAUGAUAUAAGUGGCAUUCAGGCCAUUUAUGGAUCUCCACCAAAUACCCCAGAUAAAAGGCCAUCUGCCCCUACCACACCUAAAACCUGUGGCUCCCAGAUGUCUUUCAAUGCCAUAACUACACUCCGACAAGAGGUCAUAUUUCUAAAGGGCAGGCACUUGUGGCGAGUCUAUCCUGAUAACUUAGAAGUAGAACGUGAAUUAAUUUCUACCUUCUGGCCAACUCUACCACCUGGUAUCGACGCUGCCUAUGAGAACAAUAAAGAUCAGAUCCUGUUUUUCAAAGGCAACAAAUUCUGGGUUAUCAGUGGAUAUCAUGUGUUGCUUGGUUAUCCAAAGAAUAUCAACACACUGGGCUUCCCUAAGGGUGUCAAGAGAAUUGAUGCAGCUGUUUGUAAUAAAAAUACAGGCAAGACAGACUUUUUCAUAGGUGACAAGUACUGGAGGUUUGAUGAAAACAGCCAGUCCAUGGACAAGGGUUAUCCUAGACAGACAGCCAAUGACUUUCCAGGAAUUAGCCAGAAGGUUGAUGCUGUUUUCCAACAGAAAGGAUUAUUCUACUUCUUCCAUGGAUCAAAGCAAUGGGAGUUUGACCCUACUGCUAAAAAGGUCACCCGUGAAAUGAAGAGUAACAGCUGGUUUAACUGUUAAUGGUAUUACACAUUCUUACACCCAGAAAAUGAGAAGAAAAAUCAUUCUAGAUUUCUCAAAGGUUGU